AUAAAGGGAAAUAACUCUCGUUAGUCUAGUGUUCUUUCCUACUCUUUGUGGAAAAAUAUCAUCAUUAGUCUAUUACGGAAGUGGAUUGUUUUAACGUGUUAAUUAUUUGUUAUUUUGUAAUGAUCCUUCGUUUGAUUUUUCAACAGCCUGUUUUAGGAAUAGGAUUAUAUACAUUAAAUGGUGUAAAACGUUUCUUUCAGAACAAAUGUCAUGUAAAUGUAGAGUUCGGCAGAUGUCCCCCAAAUCAGUUUAGAAUUGCGCCACUGAAGAGGCUGGUGAAAUGUAGAAUCGACAUCGAUGGUGGCAAAGCUGAAAUUAAUUUAAGAGCAUUUUUUAAUUUGGUCAGGUUUUUCAGUAGAUAUAUACAAUUACUACCACAUUUAGUGAAAUCAGUUAUGUCGGGGAAGUGCGAGACGGCAGAUGUGUGCCCACCAGAAGCUGUUAGGGGAAUGACGAAGUUGGAUCAGAAUGCCUUCGGAAAGACUGUUCUCAUACCAGCACUAAGAAUUCCAGUAAAAUCUAUAAAAGAUAUCUCAAGGCAUAUGAAAUCUUAUUUUUUAAAAAUGCCUAAAGUUAAGCCAGUUGCAGUACUGUCCGAAUGUGAUCCAGAUAAAGCUUCCAGCCGGCUGCUUCUCUUGAGUCCAGCAAAGUGUUCUUGUAUUGGUGACCUUCCAGAACAAGUCAAAAGCAUGUUGAUCAAGCAUGGUGUGGAGAUGGAGAAAUUAGCAUAUUUUACACUUGAUCUGAAAUAUGAGAACUGGAGCAUCCCUGAUGUAUUAAGGGCUGUUUUGCCAGACGAUGCAGAAAAUGUAUCCGGUUUCAGUGUAAUUGGUCACAUUGCUCACCUAAAUCUGAAGCCACAGGUUGAAGACUACAAGUUCUUGAUCGGUGAGGUGAUACUAGACAAGACUCCAGGUAUUCGUACAGUUGUCAACAAACUGAACAUCAUCGACAACACCUUCCGCAACUUCCAGAUGGAGCUGCUAGCAGGGGAAGACAACUACAUAACACAGGCCAGAGAAAAUGGAUGUGUAUUCAAAUUUGAUUUCUCCAAAGUGUAUUGGAAUCCCAGACUUGGCACUGAACAUCAGAGAAUAGUGGACUUGGUGAAGAAAAAUGAUAUUGUUUUUGAUAUAUUUGCUGGAGUUGGCCCAUUUACCAUACCUGCUGCCAAAAAGGGUGCAAUAGUGUUUGCCAAUGACUUGAAUCCUGACUCUUUUGCAGCUAUGAAGGAAAAUGUUACUCUAAAUAAAGUUAAAACACUUCCACAACUGUACAACACCGAUGGCCGGGAUUUUAUCAAAACUGUGCUUAAAGAUCAAUUCUUAGACUUUCUAAGAGAGUUACAACAGCAAGAGAUGGGAGAAAGAUUGCCACCAAAGAUUCACAUUGUGAUGAAUCUGCCAGGACUUGCUCUCGAGUUUCUUGACACCUUCCGAUCUCUGUGUGUGAACUUUCCACUAGACAUCAGCAGAGAUCUAUCUCUUGUGAAACACUACCCAACCAUACAUUGUUACUGCUUUAGCAAGAGUCCCACUCCUGAGGAGGAAGUUCAAGAAAGAGCACACGGUAUUCUGGGCACACAGCUUCCUAGUGGACACCAGAUACGAUAUGUGCGUAAUGUGGCUCCCAAUAAAGAGAUGAUGUGCAUCUCCUUUACUCUGACACCUGAAAUUAUAUUUGAAGAAUCCUUUGAACCCAUUAAUGAACCAGAGGUGAAGAAAAGCAGACUGAACUGACAUUGUUGCAAGUGGAAGAAAUAGUGUGCUUUGAUUGUCUCCACACUGAACAAUGGUUCAAAAUUAUGUAUUUGUGGGUUCUUUCAUUUUUAUACUUGUCUUGCCUUCAUGCAGUCAAAAGGCGACAUAUAGGCAUUACUUUUUCAGUGGCAAUGGCAAUGGCAGUUGUUUGCUCAGCAUUGAGUGUUCAUAUUUGACUUCAUUUAAACUAAAUCCUAUACCAGUGCAACAAGGUUUAUAGCCACAUCUCAGGCAUCUUUUAAAAUAUCUUAAAUUAAAUUAUAAAAUUUUAAUCAUGAAUUUUACAUCACAAUUUUUUUUAAUUUUUUUACAGUUUAUUAAAAAUGUUUUAAAUUUAACAUAUAUUAUGCAAAGUUCUGUUUAUAGUAGGCAAGACAUUUAAUUCUACAGAAUUCUUGUUACUAAUGUGGCUACAACAACUAAUUAGUUACUGCUGGUGGAUGUCUGUACUACAAGUAAAAGUGAUGUACAAGCAAUAAGUUGCAAAGCUGUGAACAUACUUGGUCUGCAAAAAUUUUCACUUAGGAUGCAUUUGGUAUGUUCUGAUGUCAGAAAACUUUAAAAUUUAACACCCCCAAAAUGUCUUUUAAAAUGCAUAACAAUGUGUUGUUACCCUUCCAAACCAAAAUAUAUUGACUGCUAUCAAAGUGGUAUAUUCCAGUGAGAAAUGACAUAUUUUAGCUUUCUCUGAUGUCAUAAUGAAUAUGUGGGUUGACCGGUUUAAUAGUUUAAAACAAGAUUACUGAGUAAUAUGUGUAACAGGGGUGCAGAAAUGGAAACUAUUUAACUAGCCUGUCGGAUCCGAAACAAACACAAAUUUACUAGUCCGCCAGAAUUUCUACUAUUCUGCCAGCCUAUAGAAAAUAUACUUUUGUUAGCAAUAUUUUAAUAUAUAUAUAUAUAUAUAUAUAUAUAUAUAUAUAUAUAUAUAUAUAUAUAUAUAUAUAUAUUUAAUGAAAAAAACAUUAAGACCACUUCGUAAGUUAUCAACAUCCCAUGGCAAACGAACGAAAUCAGACCCCAAACCUUGACUGACAAAUCAAUACAUGUUGAAAUAUUCUGAUCCAGACUACAUUAUACACAUUUCUUUCAUAUAGAUUUACAAAAUUCAAGUGACAUCCAGCAAGUAUUUAAUAGAAGAAUCUAUUCAAAACACACCGGCAACAGACUUUGAACAUAAACAAAUAUUUUUUAGGAACUGUUGACAGGCCCUGUUUCCUGGGAAUUAGGCUAGUCUAAAUCGGAACCAUUUUUGUUGGCAAAAACGAAACUGAUUUGGCUAUAACAGUACCUCAGUGUAAUGGCAAUAAUUUCAGUGGAUUGGUGAAAUUGAUUGCAUUCCACUGACUUCUAGCUACCUGUUACUAGACAUAAAAAUAAAACGAAAUAAUAAAUGAUUAUUAUAGC